GUUCUGAUCCUGUGGCUGCCAUAUCACAAAAAGGGAUCCCAGCCACUUUCUUUCUUUUUCUUUAACCUUCAAGUUUGACACGAAGAAACCGGUUCAACAAGUUCAUUUCAGCGUUCAUCCAACACCAAAUCCCCAGUUCUACCGCUCAUAAUGUCUGACGCCCCAGCCGCCCCAGUCACUGAAAACGGCGUGCCUCCGGCUACCCAAGACAAUGUCAUCGAAGAAGCUCCUGGUUUCAAGGUCUUCGCUGGCAAUCUUGCGUACUCCACCACGGAUGAAGGGCUGAAGGCUUUCUUUGCGCCUGUUCAAGACGACAUCAUCUCCGCUCAGGUCAUCCUGCGAGGUACCAGAUCAGCAGGUUAUGGUUUUGUCGCCUUGAACAGCGCCGAGGCCGCGCAGACGGCCGUCGACCAACUCAACGCCCAAGAGCUCGACGGUCGUAAGGUAAUCAUAGAGAUUGCCAAGCCGGCUGACCAGAAAGACAAAGAAAAGAAGGAGAGGAAGGCCAAAAGGAGACCAGGCAGACGUGGCAGCAAGGCCGUCCCUGGUGAAGUCUCCGAGGCUGAGGCAAAUGGCGACGUCAAAGCGGAAGACACCCCUGCCCCAGGUGCCGACGAAGCAGCCAAGCCCAAGAAAAAGAAAAAGAAGACAAACCGCAAGUCCAAGCGUAAGACUCUUCCUGGUGCAGAGGAGGAGGCUCAACAAGAAGAGGCUGCGGCUGAUUGGACCGCAGAUAGUGCUCCUGCCGAGGGUGCAUUUGCCGCUCCCAGGAAGCCUCGCGUCAAGAAACCGAGAGCUCCUCGUCCCCCUCGCCCUGCUGGUGAAGACCCUGUAGGCGAGCCCUCGAAAACUAUGCUCUUCGUCGCCAAUCUCGGAUUCAAUGUCGACGAUGCUGGGCUGGCUUCCCUUUUCACUGAAGCUGGCAUCAAUGUUGUCUCCGCCCGCAUUGUCCGUAGGCGGUGGGGACAGCCCAGGAGGAGCAAGGGCUAUGGCUUCGUCGACGUUGGUGGCGAAGAAGAACAGCAGAAGGCCAUCGAGGCUCUCCAAGGCAAAGAAGUCGGUGGCAGGAACAUCGCUGUCAAAGUUGCUGUCAACACCACCCGCGAUGACGAUGCUGAGGGCGCUGCACCCGGCGGUCUGACCGAGAUCACUGAACGGGAAGUGGAAGCCAGGGAAGAAGGACUGAGCAAGAGUUUGUUUGAACGAGCGAAAGAGGAGCAGGAAGCUGGUGUCGGGACGAGCAAUAAGGCGCUGAGUAUUAUGAUGAAGAUGGGCUUUAAGCCUGGACAAUCCCUUGGGAAAUCCGACGAGAAUCAGGACGAAACCGUCGCUGCAUCACUGCCUCCACCUCCCAGUGCUCCUAGUGAAGGGAAGGGAAAAUCGGAAUCAAGGGAACGUUCAGAGCCUAUAGACAGCACCGAGCUAGCAAGUUUCCAAGUUCGACAUAAAGUUGAGCCGAUACCACUGAACGAAUGGACAGGGAAGAAAGGUAUCGGUUUGGGCAAGCGUGCGCCGUCUCCCAGCUUUGAAGAAAGGGUCGCCAAGAUGGCCAAAAUGGCAGAGGACGCUAGCCAUGAAUCGUUCCGUGAUCGCACGCGCAGGGAGUACGAAGAACGACGGUGUGAGGGGAGACUCGCUCCAGCCCAGCGUACCUGUCUUGCUCUUGACGAGAAAGCUGGGAUACUGUUCAACGUACUCACUCUCAAUCCCAACGAUCGAGAUUCGUUCCCUCCUGGGUUGUUAGACGCCCUUGGUGAUCAUGCUCUGCUUGUGUCUCAACCAUCAACCCAUAGAGGUGUUCAUCAUGUGUCUCAUUUACGAGAACAGAUGAGAGCUGAUGCGUUACGGGCGAUGCCUUCUCCGUUGGAUGAUGGAACCGCGAACGGCGUGGACGAGAAAGGUCCCCUAGAAGCCCGGGACGAAUACUCACCCGAAACUGUGGAGGAGGCUGCGCACUUCUUGCGCCUUGGCGCUCGAGACAGAUUACAGGUGCUCUUAGCCUACCUACGGGACAAGUAUUCAUACUGUUUCUGGUGCGGUACUCUGUACGAUGAUCCUACUGACAUGGAGGAUCAUUGUCCUGGACCAGAUGAGGACGAGCAUGAUUAGAGACACGUUGAUUCUGUUGGCAUGGCUAUCUGAACACUGUAGCACUAACAAUAUAUAGCACUACUGUAGUCUUGUAAUAUAUAUAUAUAUAUUUGAACGAAUGAGUGUCCUCCAGAUGUGUUAAGGACAGGAAAAGGGACUCAGAUAAGAUUACAAUGGACGUUAUCAAAACGUCUACUACUCAUGGACCUAGCCAGAGGGAGGUGAAAUGAAGUGAAGUGGAAUGAAAGUAACGUGGACGAUAGGAAUGCAAGUAUUAUAGGUAGGCGGAAAGGAAAGUGAAUACACGUGAGGCGUACGGUAUUAUUAGGUCCAUGUGAGUUGUCCAUCCUUUCAAAGUACACGAGCUGGUUGAACUGCGAUAAAGCGUUACACGAGCACUCCGACUAGGAUCAAGUGAUCAUCAAACAGGAGUCCGACCCGACGAAGAAAAUGGAAAAGAGAAAGAAAAAGUGACCAGCAAUCGAUUCGAGACGCGCUCAGUGCGGGGCAACGAAAGCUGAAGGGAGCGUUGGUAAGGAGAACGGAAUCAGUGAUGGUGGAGAGAUGGUGGAAGGCCUGUCCGUAUAGCGAUGUGAGAAAGUAGACACGGUAGUUCAGUACCUCUGUCAAGUUCUCCGAGAAGUUUUUGGAAUCGAAGUGGAGAUGGCCUGCGCGUGAUGCGAGGCGAGGGAGAACGAGGCGAACUAGAGUGAGACUAGGAUACGAACGAUAAGAUCGUUGGCAAUG